GAGGGAUUUUUGUGGUCGCUUCAGACGGUCAUACUAAUUAUUCAUAAAUAAACAAGAAUGGCAAAACAAUAUGGCCUUAUUUUACCCGGCCAACAGAAGAAAGUACCUCUAAAACGAGUCGAAAGGCCCUCCAUCUUCGACGAGAACAGCGACUCCGAGACCGAUGAUGACCCAGCUGCUCCUCAAUUUCAGCCAAGAACCGGCGGCGUAUCCAUGGGUCCUAGUCUAAUGGAACGCCGCGUGGCCCGCCGGCAGCAGGAGAAGGCCCUGGCCGAGGAUCCAACCAUAUUCCAGUACGACGAGCUGUACGAUGACAUGGACAGCAAACGCGAGGAGGCCAAGCAGACGAAGAGCCAGGAGCCGCGGAAACCAAAGUACAUUGGCCGGCUGAUGGAGCAUGCCGAGCGCAGAAAGCUGGAGAAGGAGCUGCGCAUCGAACGGCAGGUGCAGAAGGAUCGCGAAGCCGAGGGCGAGAUGUAUAAGGACAAGGACACCUACGUGACUGCCGCCUACCGCAAGAAGCUCGAGUCCAUACGCCAGAUGCAGGAGCAGGAGCAGCGUGAUGAGUACCUCGAGGCCAUUGGCGAUGUGACCAAGCAAAAGGAUCUGGACGGCUUCUAUCGCCAUCUAUACGAACAAAAGUUGGGCGGUCCCGCCCAGCAGGAUGUCGUCAAGCCAAAGACGGCGCCCACCACCGACGAGGUGGCAUACAAACCCAUUAAGGCAGAGGCUGUCAAGCAUCGAAGCUAUCGGCGACGUCGCCCCUCCGAGGAUGAAGAGGAGCAGACUAAGAGCAAAUCAGACGCAGCCUCGGACGCCACGAAGUCAACGGAUCAAACGGAAAGCAUACCAGCGCAGGCACAUUUGACCAACAACAUAGAUGCCGAUUCUGAUUUUAGCAUAGACGACUCCAGCGAUGAAGAAGACGAGAAGGAGAAUGAGAAGGAAAAGAAUAAGCUGUCCCAGAUCAAAAAGGAGGAUAAGGACAAGGCUCCGGAAAGUUCAGAGCCCGUUAAACCCAAAGAACCCGAGGCCUCGCAACAAUCCCCCACCAAAAAGGAUGAUUCCAAUGCCGAAGUGAACGAAAAGGAUCUACCCGUGCCGAGAGUCACCAAACCGCCUGUGGAUCGCACACUCUUCUGGCGCAAGAGGACCGUGGGCGAGGUCCUAGCGGCAGCCUUGGCUCGCUACGAGGAACGCAAGCGAGCGCGCCUCCAGUAAAAUGCAUCCAAUUAAAGUUCGAGUUGAGGGAAAAACAAACCAGUGAUUUCUGUAUUGUCUGCUUAUUAUGCUAAUUUCAAUUUGUCCCAUGCUCAUAAAUAAUUUAUGUGCACGCCAACGCUCUUAGCAGACCCUUUUCGGUGCAAAUAUUUUGCAUAAGUUGCAACAGACUCCCCAGCCAGCCCGUUUGCACUUUUCAUCUAAAACAGAGAACAACAGCAAAAAAAAAAUGGGUAAGAAGUACAAGGCAUGACGGAUGGAACCGCAGGAAAAGUUGGGUGGGAAAAACCACUGGAGGAUGAGGAAGUGCCUGAAGGAGCAGAACGCGAAGAUAUUCCAUUUAUUUUGUAUGACGACGACACGACGACAAGUAGGAGAGCCAAAAAAUAACUAGGACUAGCUCAGAGGAACGAAGCUAUGUAUACCCUUAAAGGUUAAACAAUUUUAGGCUAAUAGACUGUUAUUUUUUCUUUUUAAAAUCAAUGUUAAAGAAUUUACACCAGAAAUCAUUGGGCUGGGUGCCCAAUUCGAAUUAUGAUAAAGGUAGACACACAGCAUAUUUGGGCUAUAAUGACAUAUUGAUCCAAACAUAUGUAUUGUACAUACAUACCUUGCUAAAUCCAACACAAUGUAAAUAAGACGAUGGUAGGCAAAAAAUUCAUCCCUAUUGAUUUUAUAGUGUCCCGAACAAAUCCGCGUUGAGGCAGACAGCUUAUGCAGAAAUGACUUUUUAGGUUUAGGUUCACAAAUAUCUCGUUCACUGAGCCGGAAACUCCUAAUCCAAGUUCUAAUACCCACUGCAAGGGUAUAAGGUAUAAAAACGGUAAGGCAACGUAGAAACUUGCCAAACGCCCAAAUAACAAAGAGCCAACUUGGCGUUAGUUUAUUUUUUUUUCUUUUUCUUUUUCUUUAGCCAUCCCUUUUUUUGUUUUUGCAACAUUGUUGUUGCUUCAUUUUGCCGCAAAUGCUGGGAAAUCCUUUUGGAAAAUAGGUGUGCCCGCCGCCAUAAAAGCGAAAACCAAUGGACCAGGAGGGUGGAGCGAAGCGGAGGCAUCGCGAAAGGAGAACGGAAAGCAGCGAAAGCGCGGCGAGCACGGCUGACAUGGUUAGGAUCAGUGAUGGACAGUGUCUAGGCGGUUGCUCCCAGGUACUUUGGACCAGUGUUUACGACCUUCUUUGGCACUGAAGCAUACCAUUAUAUACCAUCCCAGACUUUAUACAAAGCAUACAGUAAUAUGUGCUAAAAUCACAUGCUAAACCUUUAAUUCCAACGUACUUAUGUAUCAUUGAAAACGCGAAUUCUUUAGUACUUUAGUACAAAGUGUAGAAUGUCUUAACCUUCAUCUGUUGCAGUUGGUUAUAAUGUGUCUGUAAACUAAAUAAAAUGCAAACGAAAUCGUAUAGC